AUGGAACACGGCCUUCUGUUCAUCUCUGUUACUUCAUUAAUCUUUGAAUGCAGAGCAGAAGACACGGUGACUCAGCCUCCAGGCAAUAUGAACGCUGUUGAAGGACAAUCAGUUACACUUGACUGUAAAUACAGUACUAGCUAUUCCUCACCGUAUGUAUUCUGGUACAUACAGCACCCGAUUGGGUCCCCAAGGUAUGUGCUGAGAAGAGAUACUUUUGGAACAGGAGAAAACGCUGAUUUGAAUACUUCUCAGAUGUUCCACAAAUUCCAGCUUCAGAUUGCACCAGACAGCAGAGGGAGGUUUGUCGUGUUGAGAAUGGAACAGGAACGUACUUGGGUUACUGUGCUGCUGUUCUGUUUCAGCAUAAAAAGGACCCGAACAGACUCAGUGACUCAACUUUUACACCCAAUUGUCCUUAAACAGAGAGAGAGCACCAUUAUUCAGUGCAAGUAUGAAACAGCAACCACUGCUCCGACUCUCUUCUGGUACAUCCAGGACCCCAAUCAAGCCCCACAGCUCAUACUCAGUGGAUAUUAUCAGGCAGAGGACAUUCUACCAAUGUUUCAAAAUCGUUUCCCUGCAUCUCCUGACAAAACAGAGAAGAACUCUCAUCUGAAUAUCACUGGGGCUGGGCUGUUUGACUCUGCCACGUACUUCUGUGCUCUGAGUUCCACACUGUGGGAGUCUCAAUAUCAUUUCAUACAAAAACCUCCUGCUGCCUGCCGAGUGAGUCUUGCUGGUGAAGAUAGCAGUGCAGCCUGUGUUCUGUCAACUACUAGAGAAAACAGCACACAUGAAUCUGUACCUGUUGGUAACUAUCCCCCUGCAUUCUACUAGAGAAAACAGCACACAUGAGUCUGUACCUGGUGCUAGCUAUCUCCCUGCAAUCUACUAGAGAAAACAACACUCAAGAAUCUGAAAAAGCAACACAUUUUUAAUAUCUAUUUGUAUUUGAUUA